GCUCCCCCUGGGCCUGGCUCCGCAAUUCCCGGGUGGAGUUCCGUGGCCAUCCCUGUUCCUCGUACCGGGGCCGGCAGCCCGGAAGCGUCCCGGCAUUACCCGGGGCGCCCGUGCCAAGCGCGGGGCUUGGAUUCGUUUGUAAGGGAAAGCGGGACAUGGUCCCUUGGGACUGCGGUCACAUCCCUGUUAGACCUGCCGUGAGGGCGUUCGGGGAGCCGUCACGCCUGUACUCCUUCCAGGAAAACGGCUGGGGGGCAUACCUUGCUGACAGACUGGUCAGAAAAUGUGAUGUUGUGAACCGUGGGAUCUCGGGGUACAACACCAGAUGGGCUAAAUUGAUUCUUCCAAGAUUGAUCACUGAAAGUACUAGUGCUGAAAGUAUUAUUGCCAUUACUAUUUUCUUUGGAGCUAAUGACAGUGCUUUGAAAGAUCUGAACCCUAAGCAACACGUUCCUUUGGAGGAAUAUGCUGCGAACCUAAAGAGCAUGAUACAGUAUCUGAAGUCAGUAGACAUUACUGAAGACAGGGUUAUUUUGAUAACACCACCACCUCUUCAGGAAUCAGCUUGGGAAAAGGCGUGUCUUGCCAAAGGUGACAAACUAAACCGCUGCAAUGCCACUACUGGGCAGUACGCCCAGGCCUGUGUCCAGGUGGCCAAGGACUGCGGGACAGACGUGCUCGACCUCUGGACACUGAUGCAAAAGAAUCAGGAUUUCUCUUCCUAUUUGUCUGAUGGUCUUCAUUUAUCACCAAAAGGCAACAGCUUUCUGGCAGCUCAGCUUUGGUCACGCCUGGAAAACAAAGUGUCUGCACUUCCUUCCCUGCUUCCUUACUGGCGUGACGUGGACCACACGAACCCCGAGGCCAGUCUGCUGUGAGAUCCCCUGCAGUGAGGAGCCAAGGCAGCCACGCCAGACACAGCCAGCCUGUUAUCCAGCAGUGUCCUGCAAACUGUGUCCUCAGGGAACGGUGUACAGGGGAGGCCCCAUCAGUGCUCUUCUGUGUCACCUUCUCUUAGUCUCUGGGAGAAUAAAGAUGAGACCACUUGG